AAGGGCAGUGCUGCUGUGACGCGGCUCGCGGAUGGUUUGGGGAGUCGCAUCUUCUCUGCUGCCUUGAACAUCUACCUGACCGGAAAGGUAACGAGGCGUAAUGGGGAUGACAUCUAGGAGAGUUUGGAUUAUUUGAUCUCGUUUAAUCGUUUUGCUUGGCUGACCCUCUGAAGGAACACGGACCGGAGCCGUGAGGAGCUCCGAGGCCCUCACUGAUGACGUCAGGAGAUGAGGCUCUGCGUCCUCCGGUCACAGCAUGAGCAUCCAGAACCUGGGAGGAGCUCUGGGCGAGUCCCUUGGUUCUAGCCUGACGGUGCGCAUGAGCGGGGCUGGCGGCGGGUGGAGCGCUCUGUCGGUGCGUGUGGCCUCUGUUUUCCAGACCAUGGUUCCUACAGGUUACACCAGACUGCAGGAUGAGCGCUUGGCCAUGGUGGACCUCGGCGCUAAGCCCGAGCCGAGCUCUCUGCAGAACGGCUUCAGACAGGAGACCCCUCACAUGGAAGGACGGCGGCUCCUUGACCGAGCUUCCCGCUCCUCAGUGACUUUAUCUGACUGUGGAGAUGGAGGCUACUCUGAGAUGGAGCCUAUGCUGGCCGAGCGGAGGCUCUCUGGACAGGACUCGAAUCAGGAGGAGGAAGAGGGAGACUGUGAAGAAGAGGGGCCGGGGUCGGAUGUGUCGAACAUGCCCAAGGAGUCUUUUCUUGCCAUGACGUUGCAGAUUCUGGUGCCUUUUCUUCUUGCUGGAUUUGGGACUGUAUCAGCUGGAAUGGUGCUGGACAUCGUUCAGCACUGGGAGGCCUUCCAGUACAUCACAGAGAUCUUCAUCCUGGUACCAGCCUUGCUCGGCCUGAAGGGAAACCUGGAGAUGACUCUGGCUUCAAGGCUGUCCACAGCGGUAAAUAUGGGGAAAAUGGACUCUCCUAUAGAGAAGUGGAACCUGAUCAUUGGCAACCUGGCACUAAAACAGGUUCAGGCCACCGUGGUGGGAUUCCUGGCAGCUGUUGCAGCUGUGGUUCUUGGCUGGAUACCAGAAGGAAAGUUUCAGAUGAGCCACGCUGUUCUGCUUUGCUCAAGCAGUGUGGCCACAGCCUUUAUAGCCUCACUGCUGCAGGGUAUCAUCAUGGUUGGGGUAAUUGUGGGCUCCAAGAAGACUGGGAUCAAUCCAGACAAUGUGGCCACACCCAUCGCAGCCAGUUUUGGUGACCUCAUAACCUUGGCAAUCCUGGCGUGGAUUAGCCAGGGCCUCUACAAGUGCCUGGAUUCCUAUCCAUAUGUGUCAUCGUUGGUUUGCGCCUUCUUCAUGUGUCUGACUCCGGUGUGGAUUGUCAUCUCCUCCAAGCAUCCUGCCAGCCGCACCCUUCUGUACUCCGGAUGGGAGCCGGUCAUCACUGCCAUGGUCAUCAGCAGCAUUGGAGGCCUCAUUCUGGACAAAACGGUAUCGGACCCUAAUCUGGUCGGCAUUGUAGUGUACACCCCGGUUAUCAAUGGUAUCGGUGGAAACCUGGUGGCCAUUCAGUCCAGCAGGAUAUCCACCCAUCUUCAUUUCCACUGCGCUCCUGGGGAGGUUCCUGAUGAGGCGAAAGGUUGUUACUACCCCUGCCGCACGUUCUGUGGCACAGGAGCAAACCAUCGCUCUGCUCAGGUGCUGCUUUUCUUGGUAAUUCCCGGUCACCCGAUCUUCCUGUAUACAAUACACCUGAUGAAGAGCGGCCACACCACCCUGACCCCCAUCUUCAUGUCUGUCUACCUGGCUGCUGCCCUGCUGCAGGUGCUGCUGCUUUUAAGCAUAGCAGAUUGGAUGGUUCACUCAAUGUGGCGGAACGGCAAAGAUCCGGACAGCUUCUCCAUCCCGUACCUGACGGCUCUGGGUGACCUGCUGGGCACGGCGCUGCUAGCUCUCAGCUUCCACUUCCUGUGGCUCAUAGGGGACCAGGACGGCGAUGUGGGCGACUGAAAUGGCCUUCAGCAGUAAACUGCAGUAACAACGGAAGCCUGACCUUCUGGUGUCCAGCUUCUGACUCUAUGGGAUUGUUAAGCCUCAGUCUUACUGACCAAAAGAUUUCUAACCAGAUAAACACAAACUUUUUCAGCUCAAGAUAACCAUUAUCUCAGCUUUUUUUUUUUUUAUCUCCUCUAUAUGAUGCAUAUGAUUUACACCAAAGUGCCUCAGGAUUUCCUGAAUACCGGUUAUUAGUUCAAAGCUGGUUUUGGACAGGACACCGCACUCCUGCGGUCCAGCUGGUCCUGUCUGCCAGAUGAAGGUCGUCUUUGGAGAAAACACCCAUGGAUUAUAUGAAAACAGUUAGGAGACAUAGAAACACAGCAGGUGUUUCAAACCAAUUUAAGAAAUUACUCUCAGCUCACUUUAAUGCAGUCAACUCUGAAGGAAGAUUAUUAAUGAAAACAACAAAAACAGUUAAUGUAAGCAGGUUUUCUAUUGAUGAUCCGGGCCAGAGGUGAUCCAAACACAGCCCUUCGUUCAUAUUCAAAGCAGGGUGAUAGCAUUUGGACCAUAACAAGUAAAAUUCUCCUAAAAGUCCAUCAAUCACAGAUAAAUAUUUAUUUUCACUAAUGAUUUCCAUGAUAAAUGGUCAAAAUGAUCUGGAAGUGACACAUCAGACCGCCAUCCAACGGGAUCAUCAGUCUCCCUGUUCUUUGGAAGUCUUAAGGACAAAGCUGUAAUGGACCUCCACUGCGUCAGCUGGAGCCAGCUACCAUCAAAGCAGAAGCAAACGCCGCUUAAAGGCCAGAAUGGUCACAACGUUUUGACCAAAGUAGAUGCAUUUGCUCAAAGCCUCAGGACAAAAAUAAUAAGAAGAAAUAAAGACCAAACGAUUUUUACUGAUGGAAGUAAAAUUAAAAAAGACCUGUGCCGGUUGGUCCGAAGCCCUGAUAAAAUAUAGGGUUGUAUCAGGAAGGGCAUACGGCGUAAAAACAUCUGCCAAACCACCUGUGUGAAUCAGUGAAAGCUGAUUGGGUGUGGAGAUCCCUAAUGGGAUAAGAUGACUUUUAUAUUAAGAGAAAAAGAUGGUUUUAACUAUGUCAUAUUUAGAUCAAAUGACAUAAAUGAUGAAACUUUGUCCUAAAUCAAUAACAUAAUCUGUAAAGUCUGAUAUAAGCAAAUCCUAGACAUUUAUGGAUCCUUGUGGGCCAUUUUAUAAACCUAAUUUUAAUCAGAUUUGAAGGAUGCUGGGAGCUCUCUUUUCACAGCAGUCCUGUCAGCACUUAUGUCUUCCAGACUGAACAUGGGAUUGUCAAAGCUUUUUUUGGAAGUGUGAAGGUUUACUGUAUGUUUCUUGUCAAUGUCUCAUUGUUGAUUUACAAUGCAACACAAAUGUGUAUGUUUGUGAGAAAACUAUAUAACUGUUGAAGGACUAUUCUGCAAAA